AGACAGAGAAGGAAAGGAGGGGGAAGGGGUGUUGCAGGGCCAGGAGCCCCGCCGUCAGUCGCCCAGGAGCCUCGAGAUGCUCAACACCCCUACGCCGCGUGCGGGAAGAGGGCGGGGAAGAAGGGGCAGCGCCACGCCCCCUCGCCCUGCGCCGGAUGACACGUCGCGGGAACCGACGGAGAGGGUGCAGGGGCGCGGAAGAGGGAAAGAUAGGAGGAGAGAUGGCGGCAGUUCCCUUGCCGACGUGGGCGGCGCGCCUGCUGAAGGGCGGGGCACUGUAGGGCGCGGCAGACGAGCAAAGAGCGGGGCCAAGAUCACGCUGUCUGCGAUUCCGGAAUGCCCUGGACAGGACGGAGUGCCAGCCAGCGCUGACGAAGUUCCGACUUGCAAGACACCCGUCGAUCCCGAAACCUCAGAUGACCCCAAAGGACACGACGCGAAGGAGACUCCCGCGGCCCAAGGGCGCCCUCGAACAGCGUCUGAAUCCCGCCGUGGCAGGAUCGCCGCCACGCUGCCGUGCCCGGCUGAGCUCCUGCGCCCUGCCCCCAGGCCGCCCCGACGCCGAGGCCUCCACAGCGCCCGCUCCAACUUCGACUUCGCCAAGUACAUGGACAAGGGCGUCACAGUGAAGCUCAACGGCCGCCGCAUGGUGAAGGGCACCCUCAGAGGCUUCGACCCCUUCAUGAAUCUGGUGGUGGAGGACAGUGUGGAGGCACGCAGGAGGGGUGAGCACGUCAGAAUUGGCGUGUCGGUAAUCCGAGGUAAUAGCAUCAUCAUGGUGGAAGCGCUAGAUCCAUAUUUAGGUUUAUUUGAUAACUUAAGUGUGUGAAAAGAACUAUGAGGAUCACUUGUGUGUGUGAAGAGCAAGUGGAAUUUUCUUUUAGUUACGAGUGGUCCUCUCAUGAUGAGAAAUUUACUAGUGAGAUAUAAAACACAAAAAUGUGUUAGGAAAAAAAAAAAUUGUUAAUGAUAAUGAUAAUUGUCAUAUUUUAAUAUGUAAAUAAUUUUACAUUUUAAAUGUGAAUAAUUUUACUUUCCAAUUUUCUCCAUAAUUUCCAUUGUGUAAUAAGGAUGAAGUAAAACAUUACAUUAAAUAUUGAGCAUUUUUUGAGUAUAUGACAAUACAUGAGCACCAGUAAUGGUUGUGAACCUACAACCAUGUUGAGUAAAAAGCUUUGUACAAAUAAGUUUCACAGGUUUUUCACUCCACAUUGUAUAAUCUGUAGGCAUAACUUUCUAUUUUAUUUACAUAAUAUACACAGGUUCUUUAUAUUAAUUAAAGUAUUGCACAGACAAGGCACUGAUUGCAAGAUUUCUGGCACUUAAUUUGUGAUAUGAAUGAUUUAGAAGAUGAAAAAUAUUGAACAAGAGGGAUGGCAGAAGCAUUCUCAUUCUUUCUUUCUCUUAGAAAAUAUUAUGUACAAAUUGGCACUUCACACCAGUAAUCGAAGUUCUCAUACUGUACUCAUGGAUUCUCGUGCUGUGUUAUCAUCUCUGAAAAUAUACUUAAUAUCUAGCUUCA